UGUAAUAAAAAAUCUGAUACUCUAUGAAACAUCAAACAUAGAAAUGUUUGUUACAGUCUGUGUCUCAAUUAUUUUUUUAUUUACUAUUUUUGAAGUACAGGGAAAUUAACAAAAAGCUCAAUGAUUUGUCCAGAUUUUUUAGAAUUUCAGGAUGUCCUGAAAAAGAUGCGUGUACUUGAUGACAAAAUCGUAUACACUUUAAACACAUCUUUACCAACAGAAUCAUUCAAAAGUAAAGUAGAUGCAACAUCAGUUUGCCAAGACUUAUUCCGGCAGAUACAAGAAGGGCACAGUGAGAGGGAAAAUGUCAUAAAAAACUGCAUAGUUUCCACUGCAGAAACUGUAAAGAAAUUAAAAGCAGCGAAGGAGAGUACACCUGAUGAUAUUGAUGUGGUUAGGAAUCUUAAAACUGAACAAAAAAAGUUACGCCUCUUACAAACUGAACUCAGUGUUGAAGAAGUAAUCAAAGAGAAGACAACAAAAUUGUUUGUUGAAAAAUGUAGGACAUUUUAUAAACCAAAUAAUUUAUGAAGACUGAUAAGCAUGCAUUUAUGUGGUAGGCUGUAUAUAAAUAUAUAUAAAUAGUUAGCA